UUCGACUUAUGUCACGCAAGCGAAUUUGUUUUUGAUAUUGUAAGGCGAUAUGGGUAGAGAUCUCUCGCACGAGAGCGUCACCAGUACCGUUUGAUUCUGAGCGACUCGAGUCGAUACGUGCGCAUUGUCGCGCAUGCGCGAACCUCAAUGUGUCACCGCGAACAGCUGAUACGGCCAGCUGUGCGCGACAGCGGGCGUGUGAUGGAGCGUUAAUUGUGUACGUCGCUGUCAAAUAAAUCGGCGAAAACGUAAUAAUUUCCUCGAUGCACACGUGUAACUAGACAUCACUUUAUUUGCCAUGGCGUUUCUGGAGUGGAGACGCUUUAAUUUCUUUGAUUUGAAGAAGGAAGUCGACGCCGGCAAGAUCGCCACUGCGUUCGGAGGUGCGCAAGUCGCGGCAGCUACCAGCGGCAAUGGCAACCUGGUGUUCGGAGACAACACUGGUAACAUCCACCUGAUCAAUCGGGCGUACGAAGUCACGACUUUCCGGGCUUACGAGAUCACGCUGACAUUGGCGCAGCAAGUUCAACAUUCCACUUUUCUAUUCACGAUCGGGGAAGAUGAGCCUGGCUGUAACCCUACCAUAAAGGUCUGGAACUUGGCGAAACUGGACAAGCAAGGCAAUCCGACGUGCGUUCGCAUAAGCAGAGCCAUACCCAGUUACAGAGCAGUCCCAGCGACGGCUCUGUGCGUCCAUUCUAGUCUCACGUUGAUGGCCGUCGGGUUCGGCGACGGCUCUAUCAUGCUCUACAGAGGCGACCUGACCAGGGAGAGGAAAAAUAGAAUAAAAGUGCUGAAGGACGCCAAUCUGUCUAUUACCGGCCUCGCGAUAAGAGCGACCGGCAAGCAGACGCAUCUGUUCGUCGCUACGCAGAACAGUGUGUUCUUGUACAACGUUACUGUUAAGGAUAAGGAGUUCAAGUCUACUCUGGACAACAUGGGCUGCGCGCGAAGGUGUAGCGUGCUCGCAGACACCAUGCAGGACGGCCACUUCAUGAUCGGUCGUAAUGACGCUAUUUACUGUUACACGCCGGACGGCAGAGGCCCGUGCUACGCAGUGGAGGGUCAGAAGAUAAUGCUGGAAUGGUUCAGGACGUACCUGGUGAUAGUGGCGAAGGAAGCGGCAAACGUCCCGCGAACGACGACCAUAUCCGCCAAAUCCAACACGAUAGAGCCGAUACCACCUGGCGUGGACAAGCACGUCAUCACGGUGCUUGAUAUCCAGAACAAGUUUAUCGUCUUCUCUGCGACGAUGGUGUCUGUUCAGGCAGUCCUGUCCGAGUGGGGUGGAUUUUUCGUGCUCAGCGGGGACAACAAGCUGUACCACUUGGACGAGAAGGAUCUGCAAUCCAAGUUGGCGCUGCUGUUCAAGAAGAACCUGUACGACGUUUCCAUACGAAUAGCAAAGAACCAACAGUACGACGCGGAAGGUCUGAUCGACAUAUUCCGUCAGUACGGUGAUCACUUGUACUCCAAGGGGGACCAUAACGGCGCGAUAGAACAGUACAUCAAGACUAUUGGCAAGCUGGAACCGUCUUACGUGAUAAGAAAGUUCUUGGAUUCCCAGCACAUCGAUAACCUAACGACGUACUUGCAGGCGUUGCACAAAAACGGAAAAGCGACCGAAGAUCACACUACCUUGUUACUGAACUGCUACACCAAACUCAAUCAUACCGAUAAAUUGAAAGAGUUCAUCAUGACAAAAGAUCGCGAAGUCGACUUCGACGUGGAUAUAGCGAUAAAGGUUUGCCGGCAAGCGUCGCCAGAAGACGCUCUGUUACUCGCGCAGAAGCACGGCAAGCACGAGUGGUACCUUCGUAUUCAAAUCGAGGACAAGCAGGAGUAUAAGAAGGCGCUCGAAUAUAUAGCUACGUUAGAAUUCGAAGAGGCGGAGGCUAACAUGAAGAAGUACGGGAAUAUCCUGAUAGAGAACGUGCCGAACGAAUCUACGCAGUUUCUGAAAGCCUUGUGCACGAAUUACAAACCUUCCAACAAGCCUCUCGUGGAUCAGGAAGCUUUAAACGGUUACACGGAGCAACGUGUCGACAAAGCUAAUCCAGAAGACUUCAUUCAUCUGUUCCUAAAUAAUUCUGAGCGACUGGUGGAGUUCUUGGAGCAUCUGGUCAAAUCAGACACCAGAUGGAGCACGCUUGUUUAUAACGCACUGGUCGAGCACUACUUGCACGUUUGGUCAGCGUUGGACAAUGACGUAGCUAAGAUACAGUACGAGCAGAAAAUCGUGCGACUCCUGCAGAAUUCCGAGGCCCAUUACGACAAGGACCAGAUAUUGAUACUCUGCCAUCAGCACAACUUCCGGAAAGGAUUACUCUUCCUUUACGAGGAGAGCAAACUGUACCAAGAGAUAUUGAGGUUUCACUUGCGCGAGGGAGACAGCGAGCAGGUUCUCGCCACGUGUAAACGAUUCGGUCAUCAGGACCCGAAUCUGUGGGUGCAGGCCUUGUGGAGCGUGGCUAAGAACAAGGAUGCGCCGACGAAACUCCUCGCGGACAUCCUGGCUUACAUCGCUCAAGAAAGACUGUUGUCUCCCCUCAUGGUUAUUGAUGCAAUUUCCACAUCGCUGACGUGCACUCUGGGGGACGUCAGGAGUUAUCUGUGCAGCGUACUGCGGACCGAGAACGAGCAGACGCAAGCCGACGCGGAACUGACGGAGAAAUACAAAGCGGAUACUCGCAAAUUACGGGAGCAAAUAGAGGCGAUAAAGAAUAGCACGAUCAUCUUUCAGGGAUCGCGAUGCAGCGCGUGCCAUCAUCAAUUGGAAUUGCCAUCGGUGCACUUCAUGUGUCAACACUCGUAUCACCAACACUGUUUCCAAAGCUUCUCGGAAAAUGAAAACGAGUGCCCGGCGUGCUUGCCGAACAACAAGAAAUUGCUGGACAUAAUAAGGGCGCAGGAGCAAUCGAGGGACCUGCACGAAACUUUCCACAGUCUGCUGGAUCGAGCGGAGGAGCCAUUCUCCCUGGUAGCUGAUUACUUCGGUAGAGGCGUGUUCAAAAAGUUAACAGUGAUAACGGACACGGAUAAAUCGUUACCCACGCCGACUAGGCCGGAAGAGCCUAAACUGAAUUACGGUCCAGGCGCGGAAGCGAGACUCAGGUUGAACGAGGGAAAGAGCUCGAUCUCGGUGGGAAAAGCAGAGGCGCGCCGAGCCGCACACGACGUUCCGACGCUAGUAACGGACGAUCGUUAUCGAGGUUUCGCGAAGCCGGACGUGUACUCGUCGUCGUUGGAAGCGAACAUAUCGAGUACCGGAAGUGGUUUAUCGACACCGCGAGGUAACUCGGCGAAAGCCUCGCCGGUGCCGAUCAGGGAGGCCCGCAUAAUGAACAGCACCACACCAAAGUCAUCCCCGAUCGAGAGACCGUUCGUGCCGCCGAAGGCUCCGAUCGUGCCAUCGAAUCCCUUCGAGACGGACGACUACGAUGAGUCGAAGAAUCCCUUCGUCAACGACGACGACUACGACAAUUCGAAAAAUCCCUUCGCCAAUGACGACGACGACGACGACGACGCGAACAAUCCGUUUAAAGACGACGACGACAACGACAACGACGGAGCUGGCAAUGACGAUGACGAUUACAAUAGAAAUCUGAAUCCGUUCGGCAGGUAAACCGCGUCGACGCGCAUUUUCCGCGAAGGAGCCUUGAUUCGAGUCGGAUACAUAUAUUCGGACUUAUAUGUAUGUAUGCUGACGAAUACUUUGCGAUACGUAAGAAGAAAAGAUGCUGUUGUCAAAUGCAUGCUUCUCGACAGUGAGCGUUACGCGAUAAACUUGCGAAACAUUGCGUGAAAGGAAUUUCUGAAAGAAUAACAGCAAGUAAAUUUUGGAAGGUACCGUCAGUUGCGGAUUCUACAAUUCAUUAUUUGCCUCGCUUCGCGUUUGGCUGGUUCACUCGACAUUUUCCAUUCAGCCAUGAACCGUACAUUUGGACUUGUGUAUAAUAAAUAUUCUACUUCUCGCUCAUUCUCUUCCAUUCAUUCCUCCUCUCGUCUUCCCAGUCCCAAUUCCCCAAUCAGCUCUGUCCAUUCUAUCAUUUUCUUGUUGUCUUUCCGUUGUCUUGCUGAUUUUCUAUUCUCCCACCUGUAUCAUUCUCUCCCAAUGUUACUUUUUCUGCUCCGCGUAUCUUACAUUAUAUUCCUGUUACAUGUCUCUUAUUCUUUUCUUCUUGUUCCACAAUAUCAGGUAGCUUUCACAUUUUGCCUCUUAGUUUCUCACAUCUGGCUACUGUACGUGACUUAUUAUUCACGUCGGCGACUAGCGGAAAUAUAUUUUAUAUCCUACGUAAAAUGUAUCCAAUGUAAAAAUGUAUCCAGACACCAUUUAUAUUACAAAACAGUUAAGAAUAAAGACUAAAAAAACAAGCUGAA